GCGAUGAAAUUGGCUAUCCAGUGGCGUCCAGUUCCACCAGUAUUCCAAGAGGAGAAGGGAGGGGUGGUACAAGCGAUUGAUGACACCGAACAGGCGGGGAGACACGGACCGCAGACAUGUCCAGGCUCUGAAGAAUUACCAACAGCAGUCAAUAUAACUUGGUCUUCAAUCAAUUUUAAAACUAUACUACAGUGGCAACCAAAACCAUCAGGCUAUUUCUAUACUGUAGAAAUACACGGACGGGCAUCUGAUGUAAAGAGAAAAUGCAUACUGACAUCAGAAACAGAGUGUGAUGUCACUGAUGUGCUCAGGAAUGUAAAGGAGACCUAUACCGCACACAUACUGUCUGUAAGACCUGCGGAGAUGGAUAACUUUGAAGAGCCACCUUUUGCAGUCUCUGAAAAAUUUACACCUUAUAGUCAGACUGUUAUUGGAAAACCAGAGAUAAAGGAUUAUUCACAAAAAGGCUCCAAACUGAAUGUCGUGUUCAAAGAUCCGCUUACACCAUAUAUAUUUCCUAAUGGAAGCUUUCAAAGUAUUCAAGAUAUUUUCCAGCAUGACCUGGAAUACAAACUCUAUUACUGGAAAGAUCAAAGUUCUGGAAAGAAAGAUGCAACAACAAAAAGCCAUAAUUUUGAACUAAGUGUUGAGAGCGGAAGAAACUAUUGUUUCUAUGUCCAGGGAAUCAUUCCCUCCCGCAGAGAAAACCGUAAUGGCCAGGAAAGCAUGGUGCUCUGCACCAGUGUAGGAAGGACUAUCUUAGAUGAAUAUGGAACAGAAGUCUUUAUCAUCCUAGCAGUGAUAGCAAUUGCAGUCAUCACUCUUGCCAUUGUCCUUCCAGUGGUUCUGUGUAAACGCAAGAAAGCAAAGAAAGCAAGAGCUGUGAGAGAAAAGGAGCUGCUUAAUGGCGUCUAAGGAAAAAGUACUGCAGACACUAGAGGCAGUACCGAAGCAGAAAAAUACCCCAAGAACAAGAAAAAGCUAAACUUGGGAAUUGAGUGAAGCCUUUUAGGCUCCCUGAAACAGGAAUUCUGAAGCCUGAACUUUGUGUGGAUUAAAAAAUCCACUAGACAGUACAGAUGAAAAAUCCAGCUGUCAGGAAGCCCUGUGUCAUCAGUGGCCAGAGGCUGGAAGAGCAUUCUGGUGAUCUGUUACAAUCAUAGAAUUAUAGAAUGUGCUGAGUUGGAAGGGACCCUCAGGAUCAUCGAGUCCAAGUCCUGGCCCAGCACAGCAGCAUCCCCACGAGUCACAGCCUGUGCCUGACAGCAUUGUCCAAAUGCUUCUUGACCUCUGUCAGGCUGGUGCUGUGACCACUGCCCUGGGGAGCUGUUCCAGUGCCCAAACACCCUCUGGGUGAAAACCUUUUCCUGAUAUCCAGCCAAAACCUUCCCUGACUCAGCUUCAUGCUGAUUUUGAGUCCUGUCACUGGUCAUGAGAGUGAAGAGAUUGGCACCUGCCUCGCUGCUUCCUUUGGUGAGGUUGUUGAAGGCCGCAGUGUCUCCCCCCAGUCUCCUCCAGGCUGAACAGACCAAGUGACCUCAGCCAUUCCUCAUACAGCUUCCCUUGCAGACCCUUCAGCACCCUUGUUACCCUCCUUGGACCCUCUCAACAGCUCAGAGCCAGUUUAUGCGGUGGUGCCCAAAGCUGCCCCCAGCACUGGAGGUGAGGCCGCCCCGGGGCAGAGCAGAGCGGGACAAUCCCCUCCCUCGCCCGCCCGGCGUUGCUGUCCCCGAUGCCCCCCGGGACAGGGUUGGCCCUCCUGGCUGCCGGGGCUGGCUCACGUUCAACUUUCCCUUGACCAGGACCCCAGGUCCCUUUCCGUGGCACUCUCAUUCCCCAGUGUGUCUGUAUAGCCAGGGUUGGCCCAUCCCAGGUGCCAGACCCUGCACUUUUCCCUUGCAGAACUUCCUAGGGUUGGUGAUUGCCUGUCUCUAAAUUGUCGAGGUCUCUUUGCAGAGAGAUUGCUCCCAGACUGGUCCCAAGCCCCUUCUAUUGUCCUGUCAAACAGGAUUCUGAACUAGAGGUACUUUUAAUACUUGAUCAGUAUGGCCUUAUUGAGCCAGAAGAUUUACGGUACUUGUGAGGGGAAAAAACACUACUUUUGAAAAAUAGCUGUCCUUUACCUAACUAAAAGGAACAUUUUUCUGUUUCUAUGAAACAAACCCUGUAUUUAUCUGCCUUUUAACAAUAUUAACUGGUGAAAUGAUCUGUUAGUUCAGAUGUGACAAAAUUGUUACUAUUAUUUCUGCACUUGGAUGAAAUUAACUUGGUCUGUUUAUCUUUGGCUGUAGACAAAGGUAAACGAACUGAAACUAUUCCACUGGCAACUUACAAGAAACACUAUUGAAGCAGGUACUUGCUAUUUAUCUGGAAAGUAUAUCCAAUUACACUACACAUAGAGUUAUACAGACAGGAGCGUCUGAUAGUCCCAAGUAAGUGUUAGAACAAAUACUUUGCAGGCUUUGAGUCAGUAGUAACUCACUUCAGCAAGCACUGAAUAGGUAGCAGUAUUUACUGCAUUUUGAACAUCAUUUUUAAUUAAACAGUUGAUGAAUGGCUUCUGUGGUAUAUAUUCAAAUCAUCGUGGUGAUGGGAUUUGGAGAUAGCUGUUGCUUUGACUUUUAGUAUUUAUUUUAUAAAUGAAAAUCUAAUUUUUAUACUGGUGUUAUCUGUAUUUAUGAUAGUAAUUUAUACUUUUAUAGUGAAAUAAAGGUGACUGGAAACAAAA